AGAACGCAACAUAUGUAUGGAUUGUCACAUCUGCAURGAAUCUCAUCCUAAUUCGCAACAAAGUACCUGCAAAAUCACAGUUCUCACAAAGCCUAUUUACCAUGGAGGACGAAACAUCUCGUAGAAACAUUUCGUUUAAUCAAAUCCUCGGUCCUCUUCUCGCCGCUCUUUCUUGCUUUUUCUUCGCUAUUUCAUCUUUGUUUGUCAAACUUCUUGGCGAGAUCCCUCCUCAGGAGGUGGUGUUUUUUCGCUGUCUUGUACAGUUCGUCUUUCUUCUUCCACCWCUCAUAUACGCUCGAGUUCCUAUAUUUGGUGACGUUCAUCAUUUGCCAUGCUUGUUCAUUCGUGCCUUAGCUGGGACGUUUGCUCUUUGCUGUCAGUUUUAUGCUUUCCAACACAUGCCUCUUGCUGAUGCUACGGUAAUUGUGUUCUCUUCGCCUAUUUUCACUGGCAUCCUCGCCUACUUCAUUCUGGGUGAAUCUUGGGGAUUGUUCAAUUUUCUCGGUACUACACUAUGCUUCAUUGGAAUCAUCCUAAUCGCUCGUCCAACCUUUAUGUUCCCGCGUGAAGUCGACCCAUCAUUCAACGGGGAUUGGCAACAAGCAACGGCUUCUUUGGUAGCACUAACCGGCGCAAUUUUGACGUCCAUUGCACUUAUUUCACUGCGAAAACUCGCCGCUAUAAGUUAUCUUGUUCCAGUGUUGUAUGUUGCAAUGGCAGGCGUUAUUCUCACUGCGGCUGGGGUACUAGUUACUGGGUCGUUUCAAAGUGUUUUAUGUGGGUCUAGCCAUCAGUGGUUGCUGCUGAUCAUUGGACUCUGUGGAAUUGCUGGCCAAAGUCUUCUCACGAAGUCCCUUCAGCUUGAGCAGGCGGGAAUUAUCGCGUUAGUACGUACUCUUGACAUCGUAUUUGCCUUUGUACUUCAGUUGGUGUUCCUGGAUUACCAGGCUAGCGUAUACAGCCUGAUUGGCGCAGCAUUAAUCAUAACGUGUAACGUGCUGGUCAUCUUGAACAAGUGGAUGAGCGUCAGCAAACCAAAUGGCGAGCAAAGUAUUAUUGCAAGUUUACGUGUCAAGGUUAACGAGUGCAAGUGUUUCUUUCUCAAAGGGAAAAGAAAUAACUGAAGAAUUAUCAAGCCUCGGGAUGAACAAACGAUUCUACUUUUUCCGUCCCUCGGUGAUUACAGCACCGUUUCCCGCCAAAAACCUUAUAAGCGAAUGUUUUUUCACGUAGAAUUAGAUAAUGAUAAUACCCAAAUGGAAAUAC